AUGACAACAAACGAAAAACAUGAAUUUCAACUGUUGUUCAAGCCAGCACAAAUCAGUUUCGAAUAUAAACGCAACUUAUUAACCAAUCUUAUCAAUGGGAAAUGCGAUACUUUAGACCGAAUCGAAUAUUUAUCAUAUCGAGUGACACUGGAUUUUGGCGAACGUAAAUGGGCGGAUAGUCUCGUAGAUAUCGCAGAAAUCGAAAAGUUGGGCAAUUUGAACAAUCGUCUUCGAAUGAUGAAAACGGAGGCCAUGGUACAAGUGAAUCUUCAACAAACUAGAGAGGCUAUUUCGAAAGCAAUAGUCAAUGGAGUUGAAAAGAAGAGAAAAAAAAGAUAUGAACAACUACUGAAGUUUAUCGACGAGACAAAUAUCAUCGAUCACUCAGGAGAAGAGGAAAACAUGCCACCGCUGAAAAGAACUAGAAUUAGUUCAACGACAACCAAUGGCAACGUCUGA